GCUGGAGUUACAUAAGUGUGUGUGUGUGUGUGUGUGUGUGUGUGUGUGUGUGUGUGUGUGUGUGUGUGUGUGUGUGUGUGUGUGUGUGUGUGUGUGUGUGUGUGUGUGUGGGUGUGUGUGUGUGUGUGUGUGUGUGUGUGUGUGUGUGUGUGUGUGUGUGUGUGUGUGUGUGUGUGUGUGUGUGUGAGCAACGAUGGAAUACAUUAUAUCCAGCUGUAAACAGAGCUGAGUCGCUCUCUCUCUCUUUCUCUCGCUCCUUCUCUCUCUCUCUGUUCUGGUUCUGUCCCUCCCUCUUUCUGUCUAUCCAUCUUUCCUCCGGACUGCAGUCUGAAUACCAACCGAGCUGCUGCUGCUGCUGGGUGAUACAACAGAGUGGGAGGAACAUCUUUCCCUGCUUUGCCUCAAAAAAAGAAAAAAAAAUGAUGAGACAUCCUCUUGAAGCUGCUGCAGCAGGUGAGGUUUUGGCAUCAAGUUCCCUGCAUUGCACAAUCCUUCCAGCUUGCUCGGAGAGAUAAAACCAAACAAGAGACUGCUGGAGGACGAGGAGGGAAAGGGACAAACGCAAGAGAAAAGAAAGAAGCAGCAAAGAGGGUGUAAGAGACCAGGGCACAGAGCUGAGGACGUGAGUGAUUAACACUGCAGCAGAAUGAGGGUUAAAGAGGAGGAAGGAGCAGAGGAGCAGCCCUUUGCACACCAGUCGGCUUUUUGAAGAAGCAGGAAAAGGCAUCCACGGUGGAGGCGAGAAGGAGGAGAAGGAGGUUGGCUGAGGAGGAGGAAGCCAGAGGUUCUACCCACAAGAUGGCUGCUGUGUCCUCUGCCUCUGACUCUGGGGAACACAGGUGCCGUCACCCCCCUGAGCGUCGAUUACUGAUCCUAGGAGGACCUCAGUCAGGCAAGACCUCCUCCGCCAACACCAUCCUGGGGAAUGAGUUCUUUGACGCCGGGACGGAGACCACGCACAGCAAUGUGGGUCAGACGGAGAUCUACGGUCGGCGGGUGACGGUGGUCGACACGCCGACAUGGGCCAUCCCCGCCGACCCUGAUGAAGAUGAUGAAGAAGCUGAAACUGACAAUGCUGGAGCAGAGUCAAACAGUCCAGCGCGGCCCCCACCAAGCCUGGACAGCGAGGGGCCAUGCAUGGGGGCCAUUCUCUGCCCUCCCGGACCCCACGCCAUCCUGCUGGUGGUGUCGAUCACCAAACCCUUCACCGACAAAGAGAGGAGGGCUGCAGAGGAGCAGUUGACAGCCUUGGGUGGCGGGACCUGGAGGUACUGCAUGGUCCUCUUUACCGGAGUGGACAAGCUGACCAAAGGAGUGUUUAUAGAGGAGCACAUAGCCAACACCGGGGAGGCCUUGCAGUGGCUGGUGGAGCGAUGUGGGAGCAGGUACCACGCCUUUGAUAACACUCGUAAAGAGACGGAGGAAAACACUCAAGUACCUGAGCUGAUGGAGAAGGUGGAGGAAAUGAUCACAGACAACCAAGGCUGGUACUUUGAGGUGAACGAACUGAUCCUGCUGGAGGAAGAGCAGGCCCGGAGAGCUCUGGAGGAGGAGAGGAUGAGGAUGGAGGAGCACGCCAGGCAAAGGGAGCAGAUGAUCGGAGGACCGCCCAGAGAGCUGCGGCUGCUGUUGCUGGGCUGGAAGGGCGUUGGGAAGAGUUCGGUGGGGAACUCCAUCCUGGGCCGCCGUUUCUUCGAGUCUGGUCAGGAAACGGAGCUUUGCCUCCGGAGGCAAGCUCUGGUGUGCGGCCGACGGGUCACCAUCGUCGACACCCCGGGCUGGGACUGGUUCUCGGUGAGGCGAACCCCAAAGCGAAUCCGGCAGGAGUCUCAGCGAGGGGCCGCGCUCCUGCGCCCGGGACCUCACACCCUGCUGCUGGUCCUGCCCGUCGUCUCGUCCCUCACCGCCAGGAAGAGGAGGACGCUCCUUGCCCACAUUGAGGCUCUGUUUGGCGACAGCGCGUGCCUCCACACCAUGGUGUUGUUCAGCUGUGGUGACUGGCUGGGUCGCACGCCCAUCGAGGAGCACAUCCUCAGAGGGGGGCGGGAGCUGCAGAGACUGCUGGAGUACUGCGGGAACUAUUACCAUGUUCUGGACAGUAAGACCCCCGGGAAGGACAGGAGUGUGUCUCUGCUGCUGGAUCGGAUUGAGGAGAUGAUCAGGGAGAACGGCGACAGGGCGUUCCUCCCUAUCCAGGAUGAGUGGCUGAGCGAGGAGAGCUCCUACUCCUCUGAUAACACUGAACCAGAGGACGACUGUCGAGGAUGCCAACUGCAGUGACACGCGGGCGUCAUCUGGCCUCCUCCUCUCGCUCCAAGCCUUCAUCAGAUCCAAAUACCACCUCAUGUAACUCGAACCUCAUCUAGAGAUCCUUCUGAAUAGUUUCAGGGAAGAACCAAGCGUUAGCAGCAAGAGACCAUACCCACUGUUCACUCAGUCUUAACUAGCUUCAGAUGACUCAUCCAAAUAACACGGACUCUUCAAGCCAAAGAGGGGGGCGAGAUGUUCUGCUACCAGUCACAAGAGCUGCAGUAACACGUCUACGUUCAGUCUUCACUGAUGAUAAAAACUUUACACACGGGAUCGUGCUGCAGCGCACUGCAAAAACUCAUUUCUGAGUCAGUAAAAGGGACACGUUUUAUCUUAUUUUUAGUCUAAAUAGAAAAAAAUAUUUUCCAGAAAUAAACAUUAUUUGAAAUAAGUUAAAUAUUCUUAAAUAUGAUCAGAUUUUCUGGUUUUUGAAUUUUAAAAAUCUGCCAAUGAGUUGCUAGGCUGGAAUUCUCAAAACUAGCUAAUAAAUCUAAUAUUACCAGCUCAGUGGCCUAGUAGCAGAGUGUCUUCAAAUCUUAGAAAUCACCUUUUACAGUGUGUCUUCUCCCAUAAAUCACGUGACAGAUGUGCAAUUCAAAAGCUAAUUUCUAAGGCUAUUAGCAGACUUCUUAGAAAUCAGUUUUUGCGUGAUUUAUGGGAUGAGACUGCAAAAACUAAUUUCUGAGAAAGUCAAAUAAAAGCCAUAUUUUUUUACAUUUUAUCUUAUUUUUAGUCUAAAAAGUAAAUAAUUAUUUUAUAGAAAAAUAGCAUUCAUCAAAAUAAGGUAAAUAUCCUCAAAUAUGAUCCAAAUUUUCUUGUUUUGAGUAAAAAAAAUCUGCCAAUGAGGUAAGAAAAUAUAUGACUAGAAUUCCUAAAACCAGCAAAAUAAUCUAGUUUUAAAUUUAUUUUCUGGUUUUAGGAAUUCUAGCCAAGCCACUUUUUCUUACCCCACUGGCAGAUUUUUUUUUUACUCAAAACAUAAAAUUUAGGAUUAUAUUUAAGAAUAUUUACUUUAUUUAAAGGGGCAUUAUGGAAGUUUGACAGCCAAAACAUGUAUAGAAAUAAUACAUUUCUUCUUCAUACAUUCUCCUGCAAUGCCCUGGUCCUGUAGAAUGAGCUCUGGCAUUUUUACUGUGAUUGCCUGUUUUUCUGUAAAAUCACAGAAAAAGAGAGAUGCUCGGGUCAAGCAGGCUGCUUCAUGCGCGUCCACGCUCAGGCAUAGCCCGUAGCAUUUGCUAUCCGUAGCUUUAGCAGCAGAAAGAGAGGCAGUGCCAACUCAGUGACUUUGUCGCUGUUCCUAACGCCUAGUGACAAACCUAGCUACAUUUCUGAGGACCCUUAGCUACUUUCUUCUAAAUAUUUCCUGCAAAUUAGCAACAAAAUAGCCAUUUUCGCUCCGAACCGUUCUUUGAACGUUGUUUCAGCUGUCAUCAAGGAUAUAAAUAUUACAGAUACAGAAGACAUUGCUGGCACUUUAGCUCACCUAGUAAGACGUGGGACUCAUGUGGAGAAGACCCGGGUUUGAUUCUGGGUGUGAGCAUAGUUAUUUUAGAGUUUUUUACAUUAAUGGUAUAUUUUUUUUACAGUAAGAUGCCCAAAUUUUUAUUUGAGACUCGCCGAACGGCAUUGAAUUCACAGAUAAAAAAAGAUGUGGGUUCAACUUUCAUUUUGGAACAAUUUUUCAAGCAAGGGAAGGGAAUGAUCUGAGCAUGCAGGAGGACUGACCCAUCUUAAACCUUUGUCGGCUGUGCUGAAGAGAAAGGUACAGAACCAAAUUAUUUAAUUAAUUAGCUGCACGUUCUCCUGUCCUCCGACACACACACACACACACACACACACAGACACACAAGGGACUGUCUCAGCUGUUAUUUUCGUUAAGAGUGUGCACGUACAGCAUGUGCGCCUCGUGCACGAGCCUACUAUUGAAGCUGCCGUUACGCUUUUGGCCUGAGGGGGCAAUCGCGAGCAUAAAAAUUCAAAACUCCGUAAAGUCCCUUUAAGCCAAUGCUAUUUUUCUGGAAAAUUAUUUUUUGUUGGGCUUAAAUAUGAUAAAAUGUCUAAAAUAUAAUUUUUUUUUUACUUUCUCAGAACUCAGUUUUUGCAGUGCACAUCAAUUACACAAUUUACAGGAGGAGUUGUUUCCUUGUUUUGUCUUUAAAGAGCAAGUCACCCCCUACCAGAUUCUUACUCCACUCCCACUUCCUGUUUGAAAAAUGCAACAAAUGCUGUUGCCUAGCAGACCGAGAGGUCCGAGCCGCUAACAAAUACACACACAGGCUCACAACGACAUUGUGACAUCAUAUGGUACCAGCUAACGUUCUAGGGUACCUCUUAGCCAAUAGCGAUGGCAGAUUUAAAUUCAACUGCAGUGCAGAGUUUUUACCUGACAACGGCACAACACUGACAGUUUUAGGCAGAAAAUUAUAUUUUUAACUAAAAUGCACUAAAGUGCUAAACUACACGUGUCUGCAGCACGAUUAGACACACAUUUAUGUAGUUUAUCGGAAAAAAAAAAGUUGAUUUGGGGGUGACUUGCUCUUUUAACAAUCAUCAACAGGUGCCACUUAUGCUCAUCGCUCAGUCCCAAUCGCUGAGCUCAAGUUAAAGAUGUGAGAGCGUGCUCCUCGGAGCAGAAACCUGUACAUAGCUUUGGCGUGGCGCCUGCUGUCACUCUGUGAUCGUUCGUUUGAAGGACGUUAAAAAAGUUUUAUUAGGGUCUGCUCAGGGUGUCGGGGUCAAGCUGAUCCCUCUACGAGAAAUUCUGACGCAUUUAUAGAAAGCUGAUUGAUGCUGUUUGCUAAACUGCGGGCGUGGUUGGAAUAGUAGAUCAAAUUUGACUUUUCCUGUGGUCGUCUGCCUUUAGGUUGUUGGGAGUUUGUACUUUAAGAGACUUUGUUCUUUAAAAAACAAAAAGGAAGAAUAAUUGUGACUUUUUUAUUGCCUUUACCCUCAAGAAAAGCAAGGAGGUAGGCUGCCGUUGGACGUGUGCAGUGUCAGAUCCCCAUGGAGCAGCUCUUCUACUACGGUCAUGCAUUCAGCGCAAAUAUCGACAAGAUAGAUUCAUUUAACGUGCCUCAGCAUCGAAGCGUGAACGCGGGGCUCAAAGCCCUGCAGCAGCAGAGUUGCAUUCAUGCUACAGAAACAAAAUAACCUCCUGAACCAUUCAAGCUCGCAUCGGGCCUUUUACUACCUGCUAACCCUUUUCUACAUCCAUUCGUUCCUGACGUCAGUGGUGAUGUUUACAACAACAACAAAAGUCUUGUGUAAUUGUGUACUCUGCUGUCAGAAGCAUGUUAACACACCGCAUGCAAACAAAAGAGUGCCUAGAAAUGAAGGCAACCUCGCUUUUUACUCCUCUGGCUCUUGCUUGAAAGCAAAAUAUUCCAAAUUUUACAUCUGCAAGAAUAAAAAAGGUGGACUGACAUUUCCAGAAUGGAAGAGAAUGAAUAAUUCAUGAUGGAUACCCCUGCCAGGCUGCGAAGUUUCAUUUAUUUUUUUGUUCAGGAAUAAACAAAAACAGAAAGAAAGCCCCCGCUACAGCUCGUAUGUUUCACCAACGCCGUGCUUCUCGUGACCUAGGCUCACAGCUCUUUGUGACGACGCAUGACGUCAGAGUUUAAUACCAAGAUGUUUCUUUUGAAGUCUUAGAGUCUCGCUCCCAUUGUGAGUACGUCGUAUAGGCGGUGUACAUUUACAGUGUGUAAUAGGUAUGACUGUAAGCUCUCAGCCAAGCAUUUUGCACUGUGUAUAUUCAGCCACAAGGUGAUAUCACCGACCGUGUGGUAAAUUGUAUUUGGUGAUUUAAACAUCUGACUACAAUAAAAAUGCUAAUAUAUUUCUCUGC